CACCUGCUGACUCAUAUCCCAAUUUCAUCCAUUCCGUCCACACGCACUGAUUCUAGUACUGUAUAAUGUCAAAUUGGGAGCAAACACUUAUUCCUGCAUAAACCACAAGUAAGAUUAUUUAAUCAAAAUCUCGUUAAUGUACAAAACUGCCAUCGACGCUGUUUAAAAAAAAAAACGAAGCUCUGCCCACUCAUCAACUGUCAACAAAGUAACGCGGCACCAGCGUGAGGUCGCAAAAAAAAAGCUGCAGGAAGUGUGUGACCCGCCUCCUCUUCUUUGUGACACCAUGUGGAUCGUGGCUUAGGGAGAUUCUUCCGGGUUUUCCUUUGUCGUCUUCUUCAAACCAUGCCGGCGCCGGGAGCGAUCGACGGCGACUCGUGAAAAUGUGCUGAGUCACGCCUCGGUCCAAGCCAUCAUCGUCAUCGUCACCCUCACCGCAACAACCGCAACGACAUGUCCGCCCCCAAGCCGGCGUCAGAAGACGACGGCUCGUCCCGCCCUCCGCCCGCCGCCACGGACGCCGCCGAGGAACUCACCGUCGCCGUGGUAACGGCCGGGGAAGAGGUCACGGGCCAGCUCGCCGGCGACGACGACCAGGCCAAUCGGGAGGAGGGGGAGGAGCCGACAGCGUCAGAAAUUGGACCAACGCCUGACAACGUGGAAGAGAUGCCAGGGGGCGGGGUCACAGGUCCUGACGCGGAGGCGAUGGAGAGCUUCUCCGUGGCGACGGGAGACAGUUCGGACGAGCUGCGGGAGUCCAGCGACUCGGCGUCCUUCUCCAUUCCCAGCCUGGAUCUGUCCGAGGGGACGGCGGGGGCGGCGGGAAGUCUGCGGGAUGCGGACGACGUCCUGGCGGAGGGAUGCUCGCCGGCCGACGAGGCGCCGAGUAUGAAGGACGACGAGGCGGCAGGGGGCGCCGUGCCCGGCGACGCUCCGGCUGGGGCAUCCGCGGCCUACUACCUGGUCAAGUGGAUUACCUGGAAGGAGAAGAAGACGCCCAUCAUCACUCAGAGCGACAACGGACCCUGCCCCCUGCUGGCCAUCAUGAACAUACUCUUCCUGCGCUGGAAGGCGAAGCUUCCUCCUCAGACCGAUGUGGUCACCACGGAAGUCCUGAUGGCUCACCUGGGCGAGUGCGUGCUGUCGGCGGCGCCGAGAGAAAAGACAAACGGGAUGGAGCUCAACUUCCAACAGAACAUGAGCGACGCCAUGGCGGUGCUGCCAAAACUGUCGACGGGCCUGGACGUCAACGUCCGCUUCACGGGCGUGACGGACUUCGAGUACACGCCCGAGUGCAUCGUCUUCGACCUGCUGGACAUCCCCCUCUACCACGGGUGGCUGGUCGACCCCCAGAGUCCAGAGAUGGCGGCCGCUGUCGGUAAACUGAGCUACAACCAGCUGGUGGAGAAGAUCAUCGACUGCAAACAUUCGGCGGACAGCCAACAAGUCAGCGAAGGGCUGGCGGCCGAGCACUUCCUGGAGACCACGGCGACCCAGCUGUCCUAUCACGGUCUGUGCGAGCUCAACGCCGCCGCCAAAGAAGGGGAAAUGUGCGUUUUCUUCAGGAACAACCACUUCAGUACCAUGAUCAAACACAAGGGCCACUUGUACCUGCUGGUGACCGACCAGGGCUUCCUGCGCGAGGAGGGCCUGGUGUGGGAGUCCCUCCACAACGUGGAAGGCGACGGAAACUUCUGCGACUCCGACUUCCGCCUGUGCCACGCCCCUCAGAGAGACGCGGCGGCCCCCGGCGCGGCCCCGCCCCCCGGCGACCAACAGCAGCAGCGGCAGAUUGACCAGGACUACCUGGUGGCGGUCUCCCUGCAGCAGGAGAGCGGCGCCGGGGGGGCCUCGGGGCAACUCAGCGACUUGGAGUUGGCCCGGCAGCUGCAAGAGGAAGAAUACCAACAACAACAACAGCAGCAGCAGCAGCAAGGAUCACAGCACGCAGCCGCACAGGUCAGAGGUCAGGGCUCCCAGCCAGGGGCAGGCAGGAGAAGAGAAAAGGACUCGGACUGCGUCCUGCUUUAACUCAUCCCCCAAAGUAAACCCGUAGCGCGCGAGCACGAUGCCAAACCUCUCAGCGCUUUUGUGACUUUUGCUUGUGGUUUUGCGGAAAGUUUGUCAAAGGUCACGUGUCGUAACGAGCUCCUUCCACUAGCCAGUGGGCCAAUAAAGGCGUCGCUAAGCUCCACUUUUGACCGUUUUGCAUUUCGGGAACAGAAAAAUAUUUCUGCUUGUAACGAAAACGCAAAUUAAAACCAAACUUAAAUCGGAUCCGCCUCCAGCGGAUUAUGAAUUCUGCCUGCUUAUGUCUUCUGACGUCAACUUUACAGUGUAACACCAACAACGUAUUAUAUAUGCAAGAAUAAUAGCCAAUCGAAAUAUGUAUUUUACUUGGUGUGAUUUUUUUUUUUUUUUGCUCAAGUAGAACCGUAGCAGAUGAAAGAGCCACGUGGGGUUCUGGUGCUGUGGGUCGCAGGGCCCGUGCGAUAUAUCUCACAUCCAUCCAUUUUCUGUGCCGCUUAACCUCACGAGGGUCGCGGGGAGCGCCGGAGCCUAUCCCAUUGACAAACGGGCAGGAGGCGGGGUUACACCCUGAACUGGUCGCCGGCCAAUCGCAGGGCACAUGGAGACAAUCAGCCAAUCACAUCUAGGGGCAAUUUAGAGUGUCCAAUUAAUGGCGCAUGUUUUUGGGAGGUGGGAGGACACAGCCGGGUAUGGGAUCGAACCUGGGUCCUCAGAACUGUGAGGCCAAUGUUUUACCAGCUGAUCCACCGUGCCGCCUACUAUAUAUAUAUUUUUUUGUUUGUUUUUUUUUAAAGGUGUUAAGGGAUUACUUCAGACAAGUUUUCACAUUGAAACUUUUUUUUUUAUUUGCACAUUUUGUUAUCAAAUAGUCGAAAGGAGGAAAAAAAAAAAAGGCAACAUAUUUUUGUCUUCAUGGCUUGUUUUGCAUUCUCAACAAGAACAAAAAGAUUUCAGCGAGCUGGCUAACGGAACACUGUGCUUUCUUUUUUGUGGUUAGAAAAAAAUAAAUCAAACCAGUUACUUUA